AUGAGUCUUAUUGGUGCUAUUCGACAUGCGAUCACGGCAUUUAUCGGUGCCAUUCGAGGCGGCAUUGUGUCGUGUAUCGGUGCAGUUCGACGCGGCAUUAUCGCGUUUUUCAACGCGAUUCGAAAUGCUCUCGUUGGAACAUUUGGAUUCAUUCACGAUAGAAUACUAUCAUUCGGCAAGUACAUUCGAGAGAGUAUGAUCGCAAUUGUUGCAUGGAUUAGAGAUAAGAUGAGACGUACGCGUGAUUCGAUUCGAUUGAAUCUAAUAGAAUUGAAAUGCCGCAUCAGAGAGAGAAUACUCGCUCCAGUCAAACAACAUCUGCGUGCAUUCGGUCGGUUCUUGAGAUUUUGGCUGUGUGCUCAUUGGUGGCCGCGUUUGAGGCAUUCGUUCAUCGAGGAAAUUGGCAUUCCCGUGCAGAAGAAAUUCAAUUAUUUUUGUUAUUAUUUGGUAUACGUUUUCUGUGGCCAUUGGAUUAAACCGUUCAGGGAAUAUGUCAAGAAGCAACUCAUUUUGUUUUAUGCUUAUUUACAACGAACUCUAUUCACUCCUUUCAAAAGGUUCGACAAUUAUCAAUUAUUUUUAAAUUGUUAUCAGUAUUAUUAUUAUUAUUAUUAUUAUUAUUACUGUUAA